AUGGUGAGAAAGAUCUACAUCCGCAAGGGCAUGGGUGUGGGAGCCUUCCGAAAGGUGUAUGGCAGCCAGCAACGACGAGGCACUUGCACCAAUGUCUUUGUCCGGGGCUCAGGGAGUGGCAGGAAUCAUGACCUUGGCUCUUGCUGCAAGACCCUUGAAGUGCUGCUUGGCACAAACACACAAAACACUUAUAAUAGUGGUUAUGUUAUAAUCACUUCUUUAAUCUGA